AUGGCUAAUGCGAUAAUUGAUGUCACAAAAAACGGCUUGUCGCAGUACCGCGCCGCCCAAAAGUAUGACAUACCUCAGCAGUCUAUUUCCGACAGACUCAAAGGCCAGGUAGCCCUGGCUGAUCAGAUCCAGCCUCGUCAACUCUUGAGUAAGUCUCAGGAAGCUCGCUUGGUUUCUUGGAUCCUCCGCCAAGAGUCUCUCGGCUAUGCUCCUCCCACACGGACAGUGGGGCGCAACUGGGUCUCUAAAUUCAUCAAUCGCCAUCCGGACAUCAAGAACAAGCGUGGGAGACGUCAGGAAGCUAACCGAUUUAAUGCUUUUACGCCUCGGGCGGUUCACUGGUUCUUCGAUAUCAGGGAAAAGGAGUAUGGAUGGAUUAAACCAGAAAAUACCGUGAAUGUUGACGAAGGCGGUAUUAUGUCUGGCUUUGGUGAGUAUUUGGCUUGUCUAUCGCACGGAGGAUGA